CCUGCAAAACUGCUUCCACGCAAAGGGAACUUCGGGAAAUUUUGCUGGACACCGACAACAAACCCAGUGUCCCUGGGCCUUUCCAGCUGUCCUGGGCAAGUUGAUUUAGAGGCGACAUGUCCUCCGCUUCUAUGAAGGAAUGCCUGCAGCUUCAGAUACUGGAGAUGGAAAUGCUGUUUUCUAUGUUUCCUAACCAAGGAGAAGUAAAACUUGAAGAUGUAAAUGCCCUGACGAAUAUAAAGAGAUAUUUGGAAGGCACAAGGGAGGCGCUGCCACCAAAAAUUGAAUUUGUGAUUACUCUCCAGAUUGAGGAGCCCAAGGUGAAAAUUGAUUUGCAAGUAACCAUGCCUCACAGCUACCCGUACGUAGCACUGCAGCUGUUUGGACGGUCAUCUGAACUUGACAGACAACAGCAAUUGCUUCUGAACAAAGGUCUCACUUCUUAUAUAGGGACUUUUGAUCCAGGUGAGCUCUGUGUAUGUGCAGCAAUCCAGUGGUUACAGGAUAACAGUGCCUCCUAUUUCCUGAACAGAAAGCUCAUUUACGAACCAUCCACACAGGCAAAGCCAGUCAAGAACACAUUCCUCCGAAUGUGGAUCUACAGCCACCAUAUAUAUCAGCAGGACCUAAGGAAGAAGAUUUUGGAUGCUGGGAAAAGGUUAGAUGUGACUGGAUUUUGCAUGACAGGAAAGCCUGGUAUAAUCUGUGUGGAGGGCUUCAAAGAGCAUUGUGAGGAAUUCUGGCAUACAAUUAGGUAUCCCAAUUGGAAACACAUUUCCUGUAAGCACGCUGAAAGUAUUGAAACCGAAGGAAAUGGGGAGGAUCUGCGCCUGUUCCAUUCUUUUGAAGAAUUACUCCUUGAGGCCCAUGGUGACUACGGAUUAAGGAAUGACUAUCACAUGAAUCUGGGCCAGUUCUUAGAAUUUCUAAAAAAACACAAAAGUGAGCAUGUUUUCCAAAUAUUAUUUGGAAUUGAAAGCAAAAGUUCAGACUCCUAGGAAGCUAUUAAAAGGCCUAUGCUUAUAUUUCACUAAGCAGUAUCUCUGUUAAUAAAACCAAAAUAAAAAGACUGGUGGCUGUUUAGUGUCCUCUGUGAGAAACCUAGCUCCAGAAUUUUACCUGGUGAUGAAACACAUGGGCCUUUAACUUUGUGACAGUGCAAUUGUGAUGUUACCUCUAUGUCCUUAUGUUAACUGAAAACUAUUUAAUUAUAAAUUAAUAAAAUAGUCAAUUUAA